AUGGGGAAGAUACGGGGUAAGUGGACUGAAGAAAGCAUGAAAGCUGUUGUGCAGAGCGUGUUAAAGGGAGAAAAAUCAAUUAGAGAGUCUAGUCAAAGAUACUGUGUUCCCAAAAGUUCUUUGUCAGAUAGACUCAAAAACUUAAAACGUGGACAGGAAGCCGUACUAAAACCUAAUACAGAUAAUAAAGGUACUUUUCAGCGUACUUUUAAUGAAGAACAAGAGCGUAUGUUGUAUGAACAUUGUAAAAAAUUAGAUGCCCAGCUCAUGCCACUUAACAGAACUGAAUUUAUGAAACUUGCGUAUCAGUUUGCCGAAGUUUUAAAAGUCAAGCAUCGUUUCAACAAAUCUACAAAAAUGGCAAGGAAAGCAUUUUAUUACGAUUUUAUGACUAAAUAUGAAGAUUUAAGCUUAAGAACAGCUCAAUCUACAAGCUUACAACGUGCUGUAGGUUUUAACAAGGAACAAGUGUCAAGAUUUUUUGACAAGCUAACUGAAUUGAUGACUAAAUAUACUUUCCCACCGUCCAGAAUAUUUAACGCCGACGAAACUGGCGUUUCUGUUGUACAUACAAGCAGUCUUAAAGUUAUUUCGUCUAAAGGAAAAAAACAAGUAGGUAAAUUGACAACUGCGGAAAGAGGUCGGAAUGUCACAAUCUUACUGUGUAUCAAUGCAACUGGCGAUCAAUUUAUUCCCCCAUUAUUUGUAUUGCCAAGACAAAGAAUUGAUGUUGAGCUUAAGAAGGAUGCUCCACUAGGUAGUAUUUUUGAUGGACAACCAAAUGGCUGGAUAACUAAGGAUGGGUUCUUGAAAUGGUUAACCUUAUUUCAGGAACGAGUCAAAUCAGAUGAGAAAAGUCCUGUCCUGUUAAUUGUAGAUGGCCAUGGUAGCCACAAAGAUUUAGAUGUCAUUGUAUUUGCUAAAGAACAUCAUAUUCACAUGAUUAGCCUUCCUCCACACACAUCACACAAAAUGCAACCGUUAGACAGGGCCAUCAUGAAGCCAUUCAAAAAUGCAUAUAACGAAGCAUGUUCUUUGUGGAUGAGAAGGUAUCCUUUGAUGAAAAUAGCUCUCAAAGACAUUGCUGGCUUAGUAAAUGAAGCGUUCUUGAAAAUAUGCCGAAUGGAACUGGCAAAAUCAGGGUUUGCCUGUACAGGAAUAAGUCCAUUAAACCCUAACAUAUUUACCGAUCUGGAUUUUCAGGCUUCAUUGUUCUCUCAGAUGGAUACGGAUAGCCAACCAGAGAAUGCUUCCGGACCAGAAACAUCAAAAUCCUUGUGCCAACCCGAACAGUCUAGUUUUCUAGAUUUAACUGUUCCUGGCACAUCAGCCAAGUCACCUAAUGUCUUGGAAGCUAUCUCACCUCUCCCCAGCAGCUCAAAUUCAAAGUUUAAGAUUAGAAAAGGAAGAGCUGAAAAAAGUGAAAUUCUUACCUCAACACCUUACAAGUCUCAAUUGAAACACGCCGAGCAUUAG